AUUGCAACAGUCAAAACAUUUUGAAGUCAGAAAAUCACGACGCCUCCCGUGAAACAGUCGUCACACGUAAAGUUGGCAGACAGGUUCAUUUGAUUGUCCUUGUUCUUGCUUCGCAUAUUAUUCAUCACCAUGUCGGAUCAUUCGGGUGUUACUGCUGAGUCCUUGAAGGCAGCUAUUGUAGAACGUUUGGAAGCUGAACAUGUGGACAUUGUUGACCUGUCGUCCGGUUGUGGACAGAUGUACGAGGUUGUCAUCGUAUCGCCCUUAUUCCGGGAAAAGAGAUUGCUCGCUCGUCAUAAACUUGUCAAUGAUAAACUGAAGGAAGAAAUCAGCAAAGUACACGCAUUUUCGCAGAAAUCAUAUACUCCGGAAGAAUGGGAAAAAAAGAAGAACGAGUAAUAAAAAGGAACGAUUUGAAUGAUUAUCACCAAAGUCACCGUUGAAACUCGUGUGUUAACGGUCAUUGAUUUGCCGU